GGAAUUCAUUAAACGUUUUACCGCACAGCUCGACGUAGACACGACGACGAGUCCGGAGUCCGAGUCCAGGCUACCAACAACAACAACUACUACUUUAACAACAACAACAGCGCAGAGUCGUCUCAGCCAGCAACAACAACAAUAACAAAAAUACAUCAGCUAUAAAAAACCCAACUCAAUCAACAUGAAAUUCUUAGUCACCAUUGCUGCUCUCUGCCUGUGCCUGGCCUUUGCUGCCGGCCAGCAAUACUUCCUAGGACAAUUCCCCGGUCGCUCACGUUUCGCCUACGAUCCUUUGGCGCUGGCGCCCUCCACUCAGGCGGCUCAAGUGCGCGAUCCCCGCCAGAACAGAGGUCCCGUUGUGUUCCCUCCCUCGCCACCAGACGCAAUUGAGGAGUCGAGCGGUGUUGUUGUUGGCGCCUCUGGUUUCGGUUUUGUGCCUCCGCAACAAACCGUGGCAGCGGUGGCAGCAGCCGCUGGUGGCGUGGAUCCAACAUAUUUCAGCACCACAUUUCAAACGCCCGACACAUCGUAUGCCACAUACAAUUUCUAUACAAGUCCGUAUACCAGUACACGAUACCGUUACUUCUGAGUGCAAUUCGAUGCAGUUGCGACGCGAGUCCAGAGUCGAGGAGCUCUUGUUGCGUCGACCAGUUGCGUUGAGAGUCGAGUCAUGUGUAAGUAGUCAGUUAAUGAGGCGCC